AUUUCUCCUCCGUUUACAAUGUUACAUGGACACAGUAUUUGGGGUUUCCAGCCAACUGAUUGCUGCCGUGUAUUGGAGGGGGUUCUGUUGAACCGGGUUACUUUUUAAAUACUGGCGACUCCCUGUACAGUGUAGAGCCAUGUCUCCAUCAGUACCCCUGCAGGAGAUGAUCCGGGCCAUCAGGUCAGCACGGACGCAGUGUGAGGAGCGGGGUGUCAUCCAGAGGGAGUGCGCAGCCAUCCGGGCACAGUUCCGACAAUCCGACAAUGGGGGGCGAUCGCACAAUCUGGCCAAGCUGCUCUACGUGCACAUGCUGGGCUACCCCGCUCACUUUGGUCAGAUGGAGUGUGUACGCAUGAUAGCCAGCCCUCGCUACAGCGAGAAGCGUGUGGGAUAUCUGGGAGCUAUGAUGCUACUGGAUGAGAAGCAGGAUGCCAGCUUGCUCAUUACCAACUCUAUUAAGAAUGACCUUUCUCACAGUAACCAGUAUGUGCAGUCUCUGGCUCUGUGCACGCUGGCCUGUAUGGGUUCAGCUGAGAUGUGCAGAGAUCUGGCACCAGAGAUUGACAGGCUGCUCCGAGCCUCCAACUCUUACAUAAAGAAGAAGGCUGCUCUGUGUGCUGUUCACAUUGUGAGAAAAGUCCAGGAACUGGGGGAGCUUUUUGCCCCGGCAGCCCGGUCCCUCCUUGCUGAGAAGAACCACGGUGUGUUACAUGGUGCUGUGGUGCUCAUCACUGAGCUGUGUGAGCGGAAUCGAGAGACAUUAGAGCGGUUCAGAAAAACAGUUCCAGAUCUGGUUCAGAUCAUGAAAGGGCUGGUCAUUUCGGGUUAUUCUCCAGAGCACGACGUGGCGGGCAUUAGUGAUCCCUUUCUACAGGUACGCAUCUUGAGGUUGUUGAGGAUUCUUGGUCACAGCAACGAGGCAGCCAGUGACGCUAUGAACGACCUACUAGCUCAGGUGGCGACCAACACUGACAGCACUAAGACUGUGGGCAACGCUGUGCUGUACGAGACUGUUCUCACUGUGCUAGACAUCAAGUCGGAGAGCGGCCUCAGGGUUCUGGCUGUGAAUAUUCUGGGAAGAUUUCUCUUGAACAACGACAGAAACAUUCGGUACAUUGCCAUGAUUUCUCUUCAAAAGAUUGUCGGGACAGACCACAAUGCAGUGCAGCGCCACCGGGGAACCAUAGUGGACUGCCUGAAGGACCAGGACGCUUCUGUCAAGCGCCGUGCACUGGAUCUGUCCUUGGCGCUGGUGUCAGCCUCCAACAUCCGCUCUAUGAUGAAGGAGCUGCUCCUCUUCCUCUCCUCCUGCCCACCUGAGCUCAGGGCUCAAGCUGCCAGCGGCAUAUUCAACGCUGCCGAGAGGUAUGCGCCCUCCCAGCGCUGGCACAUUGACACCAUCCUGCAUGUCCUCACCACGGCAGGGGGCGAUGUGAGAGACGAAACAGUGCCCAACUUGAUCCAGCUUAUCACCAACGCCUCAGAGCUGCACUGCUACACCGUCCACAAGCUCUACCGGGCCCUGCUCGCUGACAUCUCUCAGCAAUCCCUGGUGCAGGUGGCAUGCUGGUGUAUAGGAGAAUAUGGAGAUCUGCUGCUGAGAGGAGAGUGUCAGGAGACUGAGCCUGUUCAGGUCACGGAGGAUGACGUUCUGGAUGCUUUGGAAACUGUUCUGCAGUCCCACAUGUCAUCUCCGGCAACCAGAGGCUUUGCUCUCACCGCCACCAUGAAACUGAGCACACGCAUCACUGAUAACGUGGAUCGGAUCAGAAGCAUCGUCAGCAUCUAUGGCAGCUGUUUAGAUGUGGAGCUUCAGCAGAGGGCAGUUGAAUACAAUGCUCUGUUAAAGAAAUAUGACUACAUGAGGGCAGCGGUACUGGAGAGGAUGCCUGUGAUUGAAAAGAACUCCCCAGGUCAUACCAACGGAGAGUCGACAGGGGAGGCCAUCAAGGAAAUCAAAUCAGCUAAAGUCAAGCAGGGAGAGCCAGUGCUGCCCCAGCAACCUGCUAACCAGGUGUGUGAUCUCUUGGACCUGCUGGGAGGCUCUGAGGAGACUCUGCAGCCCAGGCCGGCAGUAGGAGGUACAUUCCCAGGCCUGCCCAUGAGCACAGCCAGCCCUGCUGGAGGAGACCUCCUGGAUCUGUUGGGAGUGUUAGAGCCUGCACCCCUUGCACCAGCUCCCACAGUGCCGGUGUAUGAGAAAGAGGGUGUGACUUUGACACUGAGUUGUGAGAAACAGUCAGACUCAGGCCUGACAGUCACACUAACAGCCUCCAAUUCCACUGAGUCAGACAUCAGCAGCUUCACCCUGCAGGCUGCGGUGCCCAAGAGUGUCCAGUUACACAUGAAGGCCCCCAGUGGGGACUUUCUUCCUGCCCGAGGCACAGCUAAGGUGACCCAGAUGGUAGUUCUCAACAACCCAAACAAGGUGAACUUGAAGAUGAGGGUCCGCAUAUCUUACACCAGCCAAGGAUCAGCCUUUCAGGAUACAGUCCAGAUUGACUCCUUCCCUGGACUCAGCGCUGGCGGCCACUGACACUGGGCAUUCGGUUAAACAACCCUAUGAAAACAGUCUGUGAAUGAGUCAUCAGGCAUCGCCCUUCACUGACAGAAAGGUUUAUUCCCUCUGUGCUGCAGUCCGAGCAGCUGUGUUGUUGGGUGUUUUUAUGGCUGAAGAAAACAGCUCUCUCACAGGAAAUCACAGCCUCGUACAUGAACUGACAUCGUUUCCAUCUCCUCUGGAAACCAAGCGUAAAUGUGACUGAUGACAUUAUUUAAUAUGGCAGAAGCUUUGGAUUAUGCUGGUGUAAUAUGAAAAUACUCAAAUAUUUUUCUUUAAUACUUUACUUUAAUGUUUUUCUGGGAUUUUUGCAAUGACGACUGUCCACAGAAACUUUCUACCAUCCAGGUUUUUAAUCAGAGCUACUAAAGGUGAUUGUAGUUGUUUCACUCCAAAAAUAUUUACUUUGUGGCUCCUGUUCGUCAGUAUGGGCCACUAGGUCAAUUGUCCUCACAUGGCUCAUGUUUACUCCCUUUGAAGUGAUUUCCUUAUAUUUGCCUUUACUAUUUUGGAAAGCAGCUAAACACUUACUAAUGACCCACUACUAUUAUUAAACACUCUAAUCCAGAAUACUUGAUUUUUCUGGGAUUCCAAGACGUGAAUUAGAGAUUGAAAGGUGUAGGAUUUUAAACACAACCUUGUGUAUUGCAUUCACUUGUCCUUUGUCGCUCCUGUAUUUCAUGCCUCAUCCACCUGAAUAGUUCAUAGUAUCCACCUCCUAAUUAUUUCCCCUGUGCCUUUCUCCCCUCAAGAACCGAGGUUUUCUCAUUUAAUGCAAUUAUAUUUAGUUUUGGAAGCCAAGAAAUUGUUUUAAAUGUAAGUGGUGUAGUCAUAUAAACAUGUUUUAUCCUGACCAAUAUCUCCUUGCCUAUUGUUUACAGGGGCUCCAGAGUUAUGGUAUUUUCUGAAGACUGUGUAUCGUGAUACAAAAAGAAAAAUUAUGCUCUCUACAAGAUGUAUAUUUUACUUAUUAAUUUUAGGGGGCACAAUUAGAAGAGUUUAAAGUCUUAAGAAAAUCUCUAAUACAACCCUUUGUUGUAGAAGGACAAAAAAGUGGUCUGUGAAACACACCUUCAAAUAACCAGUGUGUAUAACCUGAGUAAUCAGUAAAACUCAUCUCAUAAUCAUGGACCUCAUUUUAAAACACUGGAUGUCAGCAAUGGUGCUCUAAAUGGAUUACAGUGCAAUCUCUACCAGACUGUUUUAGAUCACUACUAAACUGUUAAGAAGGACCAGGGUGAGUAUUCUGACAGUUGCAUCUUUAAAUCUUCUGUUUCAUGUCAUUUUCUAAUAAAAAUCAGUUUUCAGAAUCCUCA